AUGCAAGAUGAGGAGAGCGGUCGAAAGCCAAAGCUGCUUCGAUCGCCGGUUUCACCAACAAAGGAGGAAAUCGAAGAGCACGAAGCAACAGGGCACACCAUCCAUAGGACCUGGUGUGGCCACUGUAUGCGCGCUCGUGGACUGCAUGAGCGGCAUCCUAGCGAACCUGAACAAGGAAAAGAUGAACGUGGUUUGCCCAUCAUUUCAAUGGACUACUUUUGGAUGGGCAGGGAUUCGAAGAAUCGGCCGGAAGUGGAGCCUGAAGGCGAAUUGCCUUCGUUGCAGGUUAAAGACGAGUACACUGGUUACAUGUGGUGCAGCGUGGUUCCAGCCAAGGGCGCAGACAACUACGCGGUGAACUUCGUCAUCCAGUGCCUUGAGGAGUCAGGGUACAGGAGACUGGUGCUGAAGUCGGACAAUGAGAAUUCGAUCAAAUCCCUCAAGGAGGCUGUGAAGAAAGGCAUCAAGACGGUUGAGAUCGUCUUGGAGGAGUCAAAGACGGGAGACUCGCAGGCAAACGGCGCUUGUGAAGUUGCCGUUAGAGAAACCAAAAGGCAGAUCAAGGCUAUGAAGAGUUCCCUGGAAGAAAAGCUGGGAAUUCAGGUGAGAGAUCGGCAUCCGAUUCUUGCAUGGGUCGGUCGUCAUGCUGAUUUCAUGAUCUCCCGCUUCAGAGUGGGAAAGGACGGACGAACGCCAUAUGAGCGUUCUCGCGGCAGACGGUGGAAACGACCAUCCGUCACUUUUGGUGAAAGAGUGUGGUUCAAGCCUCUGAAGAGCUAUCUGGAAGGGCCCUAUGACACGAUGCGGGAAGGCAUGUUCAUGGGGGCCCAUGGUCGCAAUGGCGACGCACUGGUCAUGACCAAGGAUGGUGUGAUCAAGGGUGGCAGCGUGAAACGGAUGCCGGAGGAGAAACGCUGGUCGACGGAAGAUUUCGAUCAGAUGUGUGGCACUCCGUGGAAGAUGAGGCCACAGAAGCCAGAAGACUUGGACGCACCAAUAGCGAUUGCAAUGCCUGCAAUUGAGCCUGGCGUACGACUGAUGCCAGUCCCAGCGGAUCGAGAUUCGCUGCCAAGGAACCUCUAUGUCAAGAAAGCCGACGAGCCGAACGAGUUGGUCCUGCGGGAUGGCCCAGAUGAUGCUGUCGAGAUGGCGGCAGAUGCAGCCAUUGGACAACCCGAGGGUCGAGUCGGACCUUUGGUCCAACCGGACCCGGUGAGACGUCCUUUGGAGGAGGAAGGGUCUUCCCCAGGAGGGGCAGCCAAGAGGCAGAAGUCUCCGGAGAAGAGGGGACAAAAGAGAGAAGGUGAAGAGAGCCAUCGAGAAGCUCAGGUGGCUGAAAGAGAAGAAGCCCGUGGAUCUAACGAUCCAGCACCUCCAGCUCAAGGAAGUGACGCACCGGCAGCUCAGAGUCAAGGAUCUGGACAAUCGGACAUGGUUUCCGUUUUGGAAGCCAACAUGUUUCAUAGACUGGAGUCCAAGAAAGAGAUCUACGAGAUCAGCCAACUACUGUGCUCCAUGGGAAUCAGCAAAAGCGACGUGGCCGAGAUCUACAAUCCCGAGCGUUUCACUUCGAAGGCUAACCUUUUCGGUCUUCGACCUGGAUUUGCAGUUGAUUUGAUGGUUUCCAAGAACUCGAAAGGAGACCAUUGGGAUCUGUCAAAGGACACAGAUCAGCGAGAGUUGAGGAGGCUCCUGAAGAAGGAGAAACCGCUAUUCCUUGUCGGAUCACCUCCGUGUGGACCAUUCAGUCCACUUCAGAAUCUCAGCAAGUACAAAAGAACGGAUGAAGAGAAUCAGCAGAUCUUAGAAGAAGGUCGAAUGCACUUGAAGGUGGCUGUGGACUGCGAACUCAGUACCUUGGCAGAGCUCACAUCGGGUCCCUCACCCGAUGAUACCUCAAAUGACCAAACCGAAAGCUUCGUGGACGAGACUGUCAGCGACUAUGUGGACUCAGUGACAGGCAUGCCACUGGAUCCUGUGAAAGUUUUGGAAGCCAGAAAGGAAGAGAUGAAGUGGGUGGAGAAGCAACAGCUAUGGGAUGUUGUUCCCACCACUAUGUGCUGGGAGGAGACCAACCGAGAUGGUACGUCAAUGUGCGUACUCAAUAGAGUGAUCAGCUAUGACAAGACGACUGGCGUGUUGGACUAUGAAGCAGAUCCACGCCAUGCUGAAUACAUUGUGAAAGCCCUAAACUUGGAAGGUUGCAAACCGGUUAGUACACCGGCGGAAAAGCAGAAAAUACAAGAUGUUAUCGCGGCUGAAGAACAGCCCGAUUUGGAACCAGAACAAGUUUCACAAUACAGGUCUCUUACAAUGCGAGCUGCUUACCUGUCAAUGGAUCGUGCCGAUUUGGCUGAAGCAACGAAGUCACUUGCUCGGCACAUGCAACAUCCUACCGAAUAUGCUUGGGGAAAGCUCAAGCGCCUUGGACGUUAUCUGUCCGGUCACAUGCGAGUGGUAUCGAAGUUUCGACCCCAGAAGAUGUUCAACACCAUCCGAGUGCCGAUGGAGAAAUUGAUUCCCAUCAUCAGCCAGAUCCGUGGCGCAGUGCAGCACGCAGGCCUGGAGUUGGACUUUGAUCUCCCGCAGAUCGCUGUGGUGGGCGGCCAAAGCGUCGGAAAGUCCUCGCUGCUGGAAGCCUUGGUAGGCCGGGUUUUCCUACCCACAGGCAGCGGUGUCGUGACUCGCAGGCCCUUGAUACUCCAACUGAUCCAUGGGUCUGCUGAGUUUGGCGAGUUUGAUCACCUGCCUGGCCAUCGCUUCUUGUGUUUCGACGAGAUUCGUCGGGAAAUCGCCACCGAGACGGAGCGCUUGUGUGGUCGGCAGAAAGCCGUCUCCUCCACACCGAUCGUCCUACGAGUGACGUCGCCCAAGUUGAUCACCUUAACUUUGGUGGACCUGCCGGGCAUCGCACGAGUGCCGCUGGGCGAUCAGCCAGAGGACAUUGAGCAGCAGAUCCGUCAACUGAUCUUUGACCACAUCGCCAAGCCGAACUGCCUCAUCUUGGCUGUGGCCGCAGCCAAUGCCGAUCUGGCCACUGCCGACUCCUUGGCCCUGGCCAGAGAGGUGGACCCCAAGGGCGAACGCACCUUGGGAGUUCUCACCAAGACUGACCUUGCCAGUGCUGCCAGCGAAGCAGCACAGGUCUUGGAGGGCAAGAUCUAUCCGCUUGCCUUGGGUUUCGUGGCUGUCAUGUGCAAGGAAUGCUUCGACCAAGAGGUGGAGGAGCAAUUCUUCAGUCAGCAUCCUGUGUACAAGGCAGUGGCCCACCACUGCACGGUGCGGCAUUUAGCCAAGCAGCUCAAUAGGAUCCUCCUGGAAAAGAUCUGCGAAGUUCUCCCAGGAAUCCGAACGCAGGCGCAGCGCAUGUGCCACGAAGUGGAGUCUGAGUUGCAAGGCUAUGGCGAAGCACUGCACAGGCAAACAGCGGGCGAGAAAGGUGCGCUCCUGCUCAGUUUGUUCGCCAAGUUCGCGGGCCGUUUCGACGACACCGUGGAGGGCCGCUCCGCGGCGCCGCUGGAGGGCACCGGUCAGUUGCUGGGCCGCGCGCGGAUCGACUUCCUCUUUCGGGACGUCUUUGCGAAGACCAUCCGUGCCUACGACAGUUUUGCCGGCCUAUCAGAUGACGACAUUCGAACGGCCAUUCGCAACGCCACCGGGCCGCGGGCCAAGCUCUUCAUCCCGGAGGCCGCCUUCGAGCUGCUGGUGCGGCGGCAGGUCGCCAAGCUCCAGGCACCCUCCUUGCAAUGCGCAGAGCUGGUCUUUGACGAGUUGCAACGGGUUCUGCUGCUCUCUGAGCUUCCUGAGUUUCGCCGCUUCGUGCGGCUGCGCGACCAGAUCUUUGCGGUGGUUCGGGACAUCUUGCGUCGCUGCCUGGAACCCACCAUGGCCAUGAUCCGGGACCUGGUGCAAAUUGAGAUGGCCUACAUCAACACAAGUCAUCCAGACUUCAUCCAAGCUGCUGCUCUACGAGGUUCAGCACCUAGAGAUCCCGAGGAGAAGGCCAAGGUCCAGGAAGUCGAACAAGGCGAAGAAAGCACCGCCAGUGCCUCCACCGUCACAGGUGAGGUCACCUCAAAUGCUUCCGGCUCCAACCUAGGCACUGGAAUUCUCUCGGCCCUCUUCCGACGUCAGACCAUGGGAGGUCGUGUACAGCGGCCAGGCCCAGAGUUGGCAACCACACCUUCACCACCUUCAAGUCCGAUGCCCAAGUCGCGGCAAGUUCGUCGAGAUGGAUACCAGGAGCGAUACCAGGACGUGAAAUUGGCGCCCGGUGGUGGUCCAAAGUUGCCACCCGUCCCGGCCAUCGACCCCACUGCCACCGCACCCAGUGAUCGGGAGCGAGUUGAGGUGCACAUCAUCAAGAAGUUGAUUGACAACUACCUGACGCUGGUGAAAAAGAACAUUGCAGAUUCCGUGCCCAAGGCCAUCAUGUUCUUUUUGGUCAGCGGCGCCGGUGUAUCUGCAGAUCCAGGGCAGGUGAGCUCGUUGAAAGAUGCAAUCCAAAGCGAGUGCGUCACUCGGUUGUACAAAGAAGAACUCUACGACGCGCUUCUCUUUGAAGGGGAUGUCGAAAGUCGUCGGAGUGCCUGUCGCGCCAAGUUGGAAGGUUUGCGACAAGUGAUUCAGGUCACAGAUCAAGUUCGAUUUCAUGACGCGCCAUGA